UUCUUUCUUGAUAAUUUGUUGUUUUUUUAGCAACAAAAUAGCCGAUAAACAACUCACCUUUACAAGUUUCAAGCACACCAUGAAUUGACAGAUUUCCAGGGGUGCAAGUUGUUGUGCUUGGCCCAAAAAUACGGUUUCAAAGUUGUUAUGUGCUGUUGUAGAAGGUACAUUCUACCUGCAGCUUCGUCGUGCCCUCAGAGAUGGGUAAUCAGCUCUCCGGAAUUGCGCCUUCGCAGAUCCUUAGUGUUGAACAUUAUUUCAGCGAUCUACCCGACUUUGAAUUUGACGGAAGUUUGGGAAGCACAAGGUUUUUCAAGGUUGCUCGAGCGAAGCACCGGGAAGGACUAUGUGUUGUGAAGGUAUUUGCAAUCCAAGAUCCCUCUCUUCCUUUGAAGACAUACCAAGAUCAGCUGACAGAUAUCAAGAACAGACUGGCUACAGCACCAAAUGUUCUGCCAUUUCACCAUUCCAUUCUAACAGACAAAGCUAGUUUGCUUAUGAGGCAGUUUAUCAAGGACAACUUGUAUGAUAGAAUAAGCACUCGACCUUUCCUUGAUGUUAUUGAGAAGAAAUGGAUUGUGUUCCAGUUGUUAUGUGCUCUGGAUCAGUGUCAUUCUGUGAAGGUCUGCCAUGGUGACAUCAAAACUGAGAAUGUAAUGGUGACUGGAUGGAACUGGGUCCUGUUAACUGACAUUGCAAGUUUUAAGCCUGCAUUUCUCCCUGAAGAUAAUCCAGCAGAUUUCAACUUUUUCUUUGACACGUCUCGUCGCCGCAGUUGCUACAUUGCACCUGAGAGAUUUCUGGAUUCAAGGCAAGCAGAUCAGUUAUUGACCAGAGGCUCUGUGACAGCAGGAAAUGGUGAUAUUCAAUCCAAUAAUGGUCCCAGUCUGCCAGACAUGGAUUUUGUUCGACAUCAGCAAGGAACACUGACACCUCAGAUGGACAUAUUUUCUGCUGGGUGUGUGAUAGCUGAACUUUUCAAUGAGGGUAACAGGUUAUUUGACCUGUCAGAACUUCUCUCCUAUCGUAAUGGAGUCUAUGAUCCUACAGCAACAUUAUCACUCAUAGAAGAUGCUAAUAUCAGGGAAUUAGUGGGACAAAUGAUUAGUAAGGAUGAAAAGAGUAGAUUGUCUGCUGCAGAGUUCAUGACAAAAUACAGAGGGGUAAUAUUUCCUGAGCAGUUUUACACAUUUCUCAAAAACUACAUGAGCAAAUUUUCCAUGUUGCCAGUACUUACAGCGGAUGAGAAGAUUGGCAGAAUAAAACGUGAUAUUGGGCAGAUCCUUCAAGAACUGCUGGUAAAGUCUGGUGGAGAUGAAGAAGAUGUGUCGGUUAAAGAAGGCUGUCUUGUUAUCAUCGUCUCUCUCCUAACUUCCUGCAUCAGAAGCUGUAAGUAUUGUGUGUCCAAACUGACAGUUCUGGAGCUUCUCCUGAAAAUUGCCCAUCAUGUCAGCGACGAUAUAAUUCUUGAGCGACUUCUUCCUUACAUUCUGUUCCUUGUCAACGACCCUCUACCACAAGUCAGGGCGCAAGCCCUGAAGAUCUUAACCCAGUGUCUACAACUUGUUCGCAGUAUGCCUCGCAGCGACGCAAAUAUUUUCCCAGAGUACAUCCUGCCAAGCCUGUCUUGGCUGACUCAAGACCAAGAAGUUAUAGUAAGAAUAGCCUAUGCUGAGAAUAUUGCCUCCCUGGCCGAGACGGCUUUGAAGUUUUUGGAAAUGGCCCAGUUAGAUUUUGCCAAUCAGGAAAAUAAUGAAGAUAGUGACGCUCCCAUACAGUAUCAGGGUAGCUACGACACUGAACUGCAAGCACUGCACGAGCUCAUCCAAAGAAAAGUUGUUACUCUGCUGAGUGAUCCUGAAAACAUUGUUAAACAAACGCUGUUGGAAAAUGGCAUCACACAACUGUGUGUUUUCUUUGGUCGACAGAAGGCAAAUGACGUUCUGUUGUCGCACAUGAUCACUUUCCUUAAUGACAAGCAGGAUUGGCAGUUGAGAGGAGCUUUCUUUGAUAGUAUUGUUGGUGUUGCUGCCUAUGUUGGAUGGCAGAGUCUUGUGAUGCUCAGACCAUUGCUAGAGCAGGGCUUGAGUGAUACUGAAGAAUUUGUGGUGUGUAAAGCUUUGAAUGCGCUGACUUGUCUGGCCGAACUAGGAUUGCUUCAAAAACCGACGUUGCAAGAACUUGUAUUAGAGAUUGUUCCCUUUCUUUGCCAUCCCAACAUGUGGGUUCGUUACGGAGCAGUCGGAUUUGUGACUGCAGUGGCUCGUACUCUCAACAUAGCUGAUGUUCACUGCAAUCUGUUGCCUCUCCUCCAGCCAUUUCUCAAACAACCUGUUGUCCAAGUCGAUCAAGAGGUGAUCUUGGUGAGCUUGUUAAAGGAACCCAUUAACAGAGGUGUAUAUGAUUUUAUUAUCCGAUCACCCCACGUCGUCAGUCUCUUUGACAGUUUACAGGACAGACAGUUAGUUCGUAAUCUGUGCCGUGCGGGUCAGAGACCAAAUUACCCAGAAACAGAUGAGGCUCUGGUACCCAUCUUCCGCAAACUGCACUCACAGGGAAUCACAGAGGAGGACGAGGACAAAUUACUUUUCCUCAAGGAAGUGAUUCUCAAGUUACACAGAGCUAAAACUAGUGCCAUGGAACAGCCAGAUAGCAAUGAAGAAGUGAUGAGGGGAGACAUAAACCUCAAGACCCUUAAAGGGGGAAAGACUGUCACAAGACGGAACGCGGAACUUGUGAAAUCCACCGAGGGGAAAAACGACAUGAACUCAGCAAACAAGAAAGGAAGUGCUAAGAACAAAAAGAAUUCAAAUGCUGAACAGCCCUCGAUGAACCCUGAAUGGCACCACAUGUUUGGAGGAGCAGAAAGCGCUGCAGUGGCGUUGGUCAUGGCGAGGAGAGAGUCCAUGCCAAUCAAUACAAAUCGACCAAAGUCUCCAUUAGGAAAAACCAUCUCCCUUCCGCCGGCUGGGGACAGCAACAAAGAUCAAGUGACUCUCAGCCCGCCUGUUAGCCGACCCGCCACGAUACCGCGCCCGGAGUCUGGUUCCCAGUUAAAGAAACAAUCUUUGCCGGUCUCGCAAGAAUUUUUGACCCAGAAUCCAUUGAAAGCGCGGUAUGCACUGUGUAAGCUGGAUCUACGGAAACUGGUACACCACAAAAGAGAGCAAAAUGCUGCGGACAUGAAGGAGAAAGCUCUUCUUGGAAGCGUGCUAGCUGAAGGUAGUAAACCGGUUCAGUCUCGAUGGGUUCCUAAAGGACUGUUAGUGGCUCAUCUACACGAGCAUAAGGCAGCCAUUAACAGACUUCAGGUGAGUUCAGACUUCACGCACUUUGCCACCGCAUCUGAUGAUGGAUCUGUCAAACUGUGGGAUCUACAAAAACUUGAUGGCAGGAGUCUGAUUAACAAGUCCAGGCAGACGUACACCAGACAAGGUUGGAAAAUGAAGGCGUUGACUUUCUGUCAAGGAUCCAUUUCCAUAGCUUGCGCUUCUGAUGAAGGAACCAUUGAUGUCUUUAGAAUCGAGCAGGGCAGUCAGCAACCCAAUUCCAGGCUUGAAAAAAGAGUGGACCCCAAAGAAGAAGGGACAGUGGUAGAAUUGACUCAAUUUGAAACAGGUUCCCAGUCAGUGUUAACGUAUGCUACAUCUCAUGGUCUUAUCUGUGGUUGGGAUCUUCGAUCAUCUAAGCUGGCCUGGAAACUAGAAAACGAUCCAUCUCAUGGUGUGAUCACGUCCUUUGUGGUGGACCCUUGUCACAGUUGGCUGACCGUGGGGACGAGUGCUGGUAUAUUAGUCUGCUGGGAUCUACGAUUUCAGCUGCCGAUCACGAGUCUGUCUCAUCCAAGAGGUGCCCGUGUUCGUCGGCUCGCCACACACCCGACCGAGCAGUCCUGGGUAGUGUCAGCCGUGCAAGGUAACAAUGAAGUGACCGUUUGGGACCUGGAGACUGGAGCGUGGAGACAAGCUCUGUGGGCAAGUCACACCCCUCCCCUCUCGCAAACACAGGUUUCCCCUAACGCAGUGCAUGCGCUGUAUACAAGCAGAAAGGAUGUUAGUCCGUACAUCCUGACCGCAGGCUCAGAUCGGCGGAUUCGGCUGUGGGACCUGGCCUAUCCUGAACGUUCCCAGAUGGUGGCAGGAGUUGCUACUGAUAACCUGAAUGGUGUGGUACUACAGUACAAAUCACGUCUUAUAGACGGUACCGAUGUACUCCAGGAAGUUUACUGUAAGCCACGCCAGGGUGGCAUACAUGAUGAUCUACCUCGACGAGGACCCGACCAUCCCCCUAUGGGACAUCAUGAAUGUAUCAACGACAUCGCUGUCACUAAAUUACCCCAGAACUAUAUCAUAUCGGCUGGCAGGGAUGGCGUGCUCAAAAUAUGGAAGUAACUCACUGCUCUUAUCCCGAGGAAUUACGUUGCCUUAGAGUCAGCAAAACACUUUUAAACCGGUCGUAGAUAAUUACAUUUGAUGUUGACAGUUGUUGAGAUAUCCCCAGGGGGAACUGGUUAAUCGACAGAGACGAUCAGUCAAGUCAAGUUAAAGGAGAAACGCUAUAGUAGAGGAAAACAUCUAUAUUAUUUGUCAAAUGUUUUGAAAAUGUCCUGCUUUCUUCAGGUUUACAAAUAUGUUUUAAACCAAUGACUGUU